AUGAAGUCCAUCCUGAGCAUGGCCCUCUGGGCCCUCACCCUCCUCACCGUAGCCCUCGGCGCCGAAGUCGUCCCCCGCGCAACCUUCACCGAGGUGACAGACUACGGCUCGAACCCGACAGGCACGCGCAUGUGGCUCUACGUGCCGCAGAACCUCGCCGCCAAGCCCGCCGUCGUGGUGGGCAUCCACUGGUGCAGCGGCAGCGCGCAGGCGUACUACCAGGGCAGCCAGUGGGCGCGGUACGCCGAGACGUACGGAUAUAUCGUCAUCUAUCCGCAGACGCCGUACACGCGCGACAACUGCUGGGACGUGGCGAGCAAGAUGACGCUGACGCACGGCGGGGGUGGCGCGAGUAACUCCAUUGCCAACAUGGUGAGCUUUGUGAUUGCGCAGUAUGGGGCGGAUAAGAGUAAGGUGUAUGCGACUGGCAUUUCGUCUGGUGCCAUGAUGACGAACGUCCUGGCGGCGACGUACCCCGACGUCUUCGCAGCCGGCAUCGCCUACGCCGGCGUUCCGGCCGGUUGCUUCAUGUCCGCGGACGACAUCCCCGACUUUUGGAACUCGACGUGCUCAACGGGCCAGUCCAUCUGGACGCAGCAGCAGUGGGCCAACGUCGUGUACAACAUGUACCCGGGGUACACGGGGGCGCGGCCCAAGAUGCAAAUCUACCACGGCAUGGCGGACGAGACGUUGAACGUGCAAAACUACUACGAGACGAUCAAGGAGUGGACGGGGGUGUUUGGGUACUCUGCGACGCCGCAGUCGUCAACGGCGGACUUUCCUAGGAGCCCGUAUACCAAGUACGUGUUUGGGGAUAAGUUGCAGGUGAGUUUUGAUGCUCUGAACACUGACACCGGUCAGCUCUUCAGCUGCUGCGACGGUUCCCGCGACAACGAGCCGUGCAUCUACGACGCUGCGGACUUCCACAGCGGCAGCGACGACGACCACGGCAGCCGGAGGAUCCGGGACGGCACCUCAGUGGGGCCAGUGCGGAGGGCUCAACUGGACGGGACCGACUGCGUGCGCGAGUUCGUUCACGUGUGUCAAGGUCAAUGA